AUUUUUUUUGUAAAAAAAAACUUUUCUUCCACACUCAAGAUGCUUCGUUCAACAUCUCGCUUGUUUGCUGCCAAGCAUGCUUUCUCACCCAUGCGUGCUUUGUCUACUAGCGCACCUCGUUUCUCUGACACAGUGACCAUUACUUUACCCGAAUCCUCCUUUGAAAUGUACAAUGCUGAAAAGCCCAACUUGGAAGUCGAAGUUAGCAAGGAUUUAUUGAUGGACAUGUACAAGAAGAUGACUAUGAUGAGACGUAUGGAAAUGGCCGCUGAUGCUCUUUACAAAGCAAAGAAGAUUCGUGGUUUCUGCCAUUUAUGUAACGGCCAGGAAGCUGUUUCUGUAGGUAUGGAAGCUGCUAUUACCAAGAACGAUCAUGUGAUUACUGCCUACAGAUGUCACGGUUUCACCUAUCUCCGUGGUGCUUCUGUUGAAAGCAUCUUGGCUGAAUUGAUGGGUCGCCACACUGGUGUCUCCAAGGGCAAGGGUGGCUCUAUGCACAUGUUUGCUACCUCCUUCUAUGGUGGUAACGGUAUUGUCGGUGCUCAGGUUCCCCUUGGUGCUGGUGUUGCCUUUUCUCAAAAGUAUCUCAAUAACCCCUCCGUCACCUUUGCUCUCUACGGUGAUGGUGCUGCCAACCAAGGCCAAGUAUUUGAAGCUUUCAACAUGGCCAAGUUAUGGGAUCUUCCUUGUGUCUUUAUGUGCGAGAAUAACAAGUAUGGUAUGGGAACUGCUGCCAGCCGUUCAUCUGCCUCUACUGACUACUAUAAGCGUGGUGACUACAUCCCUGGUAUCAAGGUCAAUGGUAUGGACGUCCUCUCUGUCUACAGAGCCUGUCAAUGGGCCAAGGAAUGGACUACCUCUGGUAAGGGUCCUCUUGUGAUGGAAAUGGCUACUUACAGAUACGGUGGUCACUCCAUGUCUGAUCCCGGUACCACCUACCGUACUCGUGAAGAAAUCCAACAUAUGCGUUCUAGCUCUGACCCCAUCACUGGUUUGAAGAAUGUCUUGGUCGAACACGGUUUGGCCACUGAAGAAGAACUCAAGGCUAUUGAUAAAGAAUGCCGCAAGGAUGUAGCUGAAGCUACCAAGAAAGCUGAAUCUGCACCUGAGCCUCCUAUCUCUGACUUCCAUCUUCACAUCUAUCAACCUGGCUCCGAACCUCCUGUCGUCCGCGGUCGUGAGCCUAAUGAAGUCUAUCGUUACUAAGUUAUAUUUUUUGUGUUUAGAUAAAACAAAACACGCAUACAUACACACACAUUUUAAUAAUAUUGUAAAAAUCCAUUGUUUUUCUUUUACUUUUUUUAUUUUUUUCUUUAUGGCUUUAUAAAUGCACAUUAAUCAUAAAAAGAAUUACCAAUUGAUCAUCAG